CUCAUCUACAACACUUCAUAACCAUCAUAUCAAUCACAAAUCCACUGCUAUCUUCAUUAGAUCCACCUCGUUAUUAGUUGCCGAAUGCGGAAAAGUGGGAUAUGACAUGCUAGACGCAUAAAUGUCGAGAUUGAUAAUCGAAGGAAACCUGCACUUCACGAGAAACCUGCCAUCUCAACAUCCAAAUACCCCGAAGCUUUCGCAUAUACGAUCACAAUGUCCUCUUCAGAGCCUCCAAAGUUCCGCAUCGCCAUAGCAGGCGCCGGAAUCGCCGGUCUCACAGCCGCCAUAGCCCUCCGUAAACACCCACUCAUCGACGUGCAACUCUACGAACAAGCCACAGAGCUCAAAGAGAUCGGCGCCAGUAUAGCACUCGGUCCCAAUGGACUUCGAACUCUCGAACGUCUUGGUCUUCACAAUGCCAUUUCAGACGAUGUCUGUUUCCGGGGUCCGUCGAAUCUUCCGAUGAUUUAUAGACAUUGGAAGACGGGGGAGGUUAUUGGGAAUGAUAAGCAUGAGGAUGUGGAUGAGUAUUUGCAUAGGACGGCGAGGUAUCAUAGGAGUCAUUUGCAUGGGGCUUUGUUGGAGAAUGUUCCGAGGGAGAGUAUUCAUUUGGGGAAGAGGGUUGAGGGGGUUGAUGUGUUGAGGAAUGGGGUGAAUGUACGGUUUAAAGACGGGACGGAGGUGGGGACUGAUAUUCUGAUUGGGGCAGAUGGGCUACGAUCAGCUGUACGACAAUAUUUCGUCCCCGACUUCAAAUUGCUUUGGAGCGGUUGGACAGCGUAUCGAACUUGCUUCGAUGCAUCCUUGACUGAAUCAAUACCCGAUUUGCCCGAAGAUUCAACUCACUGGUGGUGCCAAAAGACCUCAUUCUUCUCCUCAAAGCUAGGAAAGAACUCAUAUACAGUAGUUGGAGGCAUCCACACAGAUCCGGAUGAUCCCAACGCACAGCUGAAAUAUGCAGAGUGGGACGAAAAAGCCAGCGUCCAAGCAUUCCGAGACUUGUUUGCUGACUGGAAUCCAAUAGUGAAAGCACUGACUGAAGUCACACCUUCAGUGCGACUAUAUCCAAACCUAUCAUGCGCCACCACCCUCGACUCUUGGAUCUUCGACAAUCGAGUGGUGCUCAUCGGAGAUGCUGCUCAUGCACACGGUGGAGCUCACGCCACGGGAGGAUCUCUCGCAAUCGAUGAUGCUUACGCUCUUUCUCUCGCACUAUUCUCCUCAUUUCCGGUGAACUCUACGGAAACGCCAUCACUAGAUCAGAUCACAGCGGCAAUGAAAUUGUACGAGAAGACUCGAAAGCCGCAUGCGGAGAGAUUGUUGAAGUUCGUCCACGCGAAUAAUGAUGUUCGGCUAGAGAAGCUGAGAAGAGGGGUUGAGGAAAGUGACGGUGAAUUGAGAGCUAGGGCUGCGAAGGGUUCGAAUACUACUUGGUUGCAUGAGCAUGAUGUUGUGAAGACUUUCCAACGUACGUUGAGAUCACUCGAGACUAAUGGAGGUGCUUCGGAUGAGGCAAGACCCAGGUUGUGAACAUCAAUGUCUUGGGUGAUUCAAAGCAACAUCGUAGCAUAUGUUCCCACGUCAACAAUAAUUAUUCUCUCUGAAUUGAAUUUCCACCUUGCAGAGGGAUAGGUGCUUCCACGUGAUUUGUGUCGACGACUGCACCAG